AUGCACGUCUCAAAAACUUUGAAAAAGGGAACCAAAAUGGAGUUACCUUUGGACGAGGAGGAUGGCACUUUCACCAGCAUUUCUUUGGCAGAUGAUUCAGAGCGUGUCUCAGGAAUACUCUCUUCAAAAGCAGAAGGAGACCCUUCUACCAUGAUGAAUGCUGACAUGGAUGCUGUUGAGGCUGAGAAUCAGGUGGAAUUAGAAGAGAAAACACGGCUUAUUAAUCAAGUUUUGGAACUGCAGCACACACUCGAAGAUCUCUCAGCACGAGUAGAUGCUGUUAAGGAAGAAAACUUGAAACUGAAAUCAGAAAACCAAGUUCUUGGACAGUAUAUAGAAAAUCUGAUGUCAGCGUCUAGUGUUUUCCAAACAACUGACACAAAAAGCAAAAGGAAGUAAGGGUUGACUCACAGAUGAUGUCCUUGCAUUGCUGCUGUCUUUUUUUGUUUUAAUUGGCAUAGGCUACAUGAGCUAAAAUACCUUAGUUUGUGGCUUUACUGGAUACCUGAAGAUUAUAAACUUAGGUGAUAAACAGAAUUAAGAACAUUACCAUGAAGAGGAGACAUAAGUUUGUGUAUUGUUAAGAUUAAGCAAUGUGCAAAUGUAGUGUAGAAACUUACUAAACUUUCCUAUUUGUUUUAAAAAUGAGCACAUCUUGUUAAAAAUUCAGUUUUUCAGGUUAAACAGAAGUCUGUUGGUUUUGUUUGAGGUUUUAGGGUAGUGUUCUUGACUAGCGAAAUAAUACAGCUAUAAUAUUGUAUGGAAAGUUACUUGAUAAAAAUAUUCAAAGUCUAAUUGCAUUACCUUUUUCACCUUAAAUAUAUUUAGAUUAUUGUAUAGUACUGUCCAUAACUCUGCAAAGCACGUUUAAUCAAAAACUUAUAAACCAGUAAAGAAUUUCUGUGAAGUAGUAACAGUAUGAUAUUAUUUGCAGAACUUGUGUACAGAAAAACACUUAAGAUUUUUUGGGAAGAGGGAAGGUAAGGGAAGAGGAGCAAUUAUAAGCAACUUAAAUCAGGGAAAUACCAAACUGAGGCAGUAUCAGUGUUUGCAAGUUAUACACUUCAAACUCUUUUCCUGUUUCCUCAAAGAAUUGAGCACAGCAUCAUGAUCUAUGAUCUCCCUGAAGUUUUUCAGUUGUGCAAUGAAGAAUUAAAUACAAACCGGAGUAAUAAGCUUUACAGAAAAGGGUGAGCAAUGUUCCUCAUGCUCGUUUUGAACACUCUGCAGUGAGGAACUGAGAACGAGUCUUUGUCUUGCCACCUUUUACUUUUCUUCUGAAGUGCCAAACUUGUCUUUGCUUCAGGCUUUAGAGUAAUUGUUUUCCUGCCCCAGAGCCUGAGCUUGUGCAGUACCUCCUUAAGGCACUGCAUGGAAGCAUCUGAGGCAGAAGACUGCAGUGGAAAAAAGGUGGCUUUUGCCUCUCAAAUCUGUGCUGCUCUGAGCAGUGCCUAGUGUCAAGGUGCCCUGUUUUUUUACUGGUUUGGCUGUCAGCAGGUUUUCUAAAGGUGCUCGACCUAGAAUAUGCAUCUGAGCACUUCCAUAGAGGCAGCAUGUCUAGCACGAUAAGUAUUAAGGGUGAGCAGAAGCCAAAAUACAAACAACAGUCUAAGUUUUAGCAGUACUCAGUUGCAUGCUUCAUCUUGCCAUAUGGCAGCAUUGCAGACUUAUUUAUGGAUGUUACUGAAGCCUGUCUGUUCAGUAAUGAAGCCACUGUACUUUACCUUUUAACAAAAGGAAACCACUAGUUCAAGGAUCUCUUUCAACCUUGCUGUGAUGGAUUCUAUCAAAUAAAGCUGCAGGAACUGAAUGAGAGGAUAUAACAGUAGAAUAAAUCCCUCUCAAACCCCAAGUUUUUUGGCAGCUAAGCACUGCUGUGUCCCAAGUGUAAGCUGACAUUGUGAGGUUCCCUCUCCUAAAAGAGAGAUCUCCAGUUUUUCCCCAUCUAAGAUGACCGUACAGUGCUCACUGGAGUGUGAGAAAGUAAAAUGAUUGCAAACAAAGCACCAAGAGUUCAGUCUCAAGGGCUUUUUACAGGUCUGAGUCAAAAAACCUGAUGAUUAAAGAAGUUUUACCUAUCACGCCACAAAUGGCUGAAACCGUUUGUGUCAUGGGGUCCUGUAGGCAUUAAAAAUUAUCUUUUGUCUUCUAUGGACUACUCUCUCACUGUAUUGCCUACUGUAACUCUAAAUUCACCCAGGAAUUGCUAAGCAGGUAGAGCAGAUCAUAUGGUUAGUCCAAGGUUUGAGCAUUAACACCCAACAAUCACACCAAACACUUGACUUGCAAAGAUUACAUUCAUUGCAUUACAGCCAUCCUACUUGAACUCCAUGUCACUGCCCAUCUCCAUCCGCAUGGCAGAAGAGCAGGCAGUAACAGAGCAUGUGCUUGUUAGACUUAAUUUCCCUGAGAUCGAGUAAGCUUCAAAUCAUGGUUUUGUAUUGCAAGAUUGGAUAGUGAUAUUUUAUUCACUGGUCUGUAUAUAGUAGUCAUUUCAUCUAUAUACCAUUUUACAUCCCACUACUGUGGCCUUCAUUUAACUUAUGAACAUUUUAAAGAUGUUGUAUUUCUGACUUGACACUAAAUAAAAACUUCAUUUGUCUCAA